AUGGCUGACACCGUGCUUAGUUUUGUUGGUGUGAUCUUGGAUAAGAUACUUCCACUUGCUGCCGACGAGAUCAGCCGGGUAUGGGGUGUAGAGAAAGACCUUCAGAAGCUUGCGAAGAAAGUAGAGAUGAUGGAAGCUUUGAUUUUUGAUGCUAAGUGCAAGCAAUCAACAAGCAAAGCCGUGCAGCUCUGGCUCAAAAGGCUCCGGUCCAUAGCACGUGAUGCUGAGAUCGUGUUGGAUGACUUCGGAUAUGAAGUUCUGCGGCAGAAGGUUGAGAAUCGGAAGCGCGACAAGGUACGCAACUUCUUUUCUUCCUCAAAUCCUAUUUCCUUUCGUACAGAGAUGGCUAACAAGAUCAAGAAUGUUAGCGCAUCUCUAGAGGAAGCUUACAGAGAAGCAAAUCAAAUCGGGCUUCAUCCAGCUCAAAUACGCAUGACAUCUGCUGAUCAAAAAGAGGAUCGGUCGACUGAUCCUUUUGUGGACGAAUCACAAACGGUGGGAAGGGGAGUUGAGGCAUCUCAAGUUGUAAGCAUGUUAAUUAGCUCAGACUAUAAGAAGGAUUUACCUGUCAUCUCAAUAGUUGGGAUGGGUGGCCAGGGUAAAACAACCCUUGCACAGCUGGGAAAAAGUGCUGAGACGACAAACACGGAAGCACUGGUGAGGAAGCUUCAAGAAAAUCUGAAAGGAAAAAAUUACUUGCUUGUGCUUGAUGAUAUUUGGAAUGAGAAUCGAGAGAAAUGGGAUGGCAUGAGGGGACGUUUGUUGGCAAUAGGGGGUGCUCCAGGAAGCAAAAUAUUGGCUACCACACGUAGUGAUGAGGUAGCCACAGCAAUGCAAGCAUCUCGUUUACAUCAUCUGGACAUCCUCUCAGAUGAUCAUAGCUGGAUGUUGUUUGAAAAACUAGCUUUUGCAGACGGUGGUGCAAGAAAGACUCAAUAUCUGGCGGACAUUGGCAGAAGGAUACUGAAAAAGUGUGGCGGCGUGCCAUUAGCAAUCAAAGUGAUUGGGGGUUUGUUGUAUUCCAAAAAGGAUGGCUCGGAAUGGUUGAAGCUUGAGAAGAGUGAAAUAUGGAAUGAGUCUACCAACACUGAAGGUGGAGUCAUGUCUGUCCUGAAGCUGAGUUACGAAAACUUACCUUCAUUGUCAGUGAAACAAUGCUUUGCAAGUUGUUCCAUUUUCCCGAAGGACGCUGACAUGAGAAAAGAAAGCUUGAUACAGAUUUGGAUGGCCCAGGGAUUGAUUAAUGAUGCCAAGGGAGGAGGUCAUUUGCAAAUGGAGGAUAUAGGCAGCGACUGCUUCAACGUAUUGCUUCGGAGUUCUUUGUUGCAAGCUGGUUAUAAGAAUUCCAUUAACGGAAUUCGGAGCUGCCGGAUGCACGACCUUGUGCAUGAUCUUUCACUGCGAGUGUCAAAUAAUUGUUUCUUAAAUACAGAGAAUGGCAUGGUGGUCAGUCAUAAUGAUGAAGUUGUGCAUUUGACCGUUGUUCUGAGUCGAGGAAAGAUGUUAAAGAAUAUCGAAGGGAUUCCUCCAAAUUUGCAAACGCUUUAUUAUAUUGGGGAUGAUGGUAUUAUGCUUGAAGACAUCUUGGAAAGUUCUAAAUACCUUUCUGUAUUAAAAGUAGACUGCAGGGCUGUUACUCAUCUCCCGAAUGCAGUGGGUGAUAUGAAACAUUUAAGACAUCUUGAUAUCAGUCGAACUGGUAUCACCGCUCUGCCAGAUUCGAUCACAAAGCUCUACAAUUUGAUGACCUUGAAAGUAAGUCGCUUGGAAGAGAUACCUAAGAAGUUCAGCAAUUUAAUUAACUUGAGGCAUCUCGAGUUUUCCAUGGUUUUUGGGGGUUGGCCCCGAUGUUUGUUCCCUGGGAUUGGGCAGCUGGCUAAUCUUCGGACGCUGCCCUACUUCAUGGUAAGCCAAGACAAGGGAUGUCAGCUUGAGGAGCUGGAACACUUGCGCAACCUCCAAGGCGAGCUAGAAAUUUUUGGACUUGAGAAUGUGAGCAGCUUUGAAUCGGCAGCAAAAGCAAAGUUGUCCGAAAAAUCAAGCAUUCAAAGUUUAACACUUGAAUGGGAUGAUACAAAUGAAGAUUGCGAUGACGACAAUAUCAAUAGUGUCAUGGAAGGUCUCCAACCUCACCCAGACUUGAAAAGUUUAGCCAUUAAUGGUUUCAAAGGUUCAAGGUUUCCGUCGUGGAUGGUGGCAAAGGAUCACGUGACGGUACUCCUAAGGAAUCUGGUACACCUCAGGUUGGAGAAAUUGGGUAAGUGUGAACAAGUACCAUCACUAGGGGACUUGCCUUGUCUCGAGUCCUUAGCGAUGGUCUCCUUACACAAUGUGAAGCGCAUUGGGGCAGAAUUCUAUGGUCUCCUUACACAUCUCGAUAUUAAUGCAAGGAGCAGUGCUUCUUGUAGUAGCAGCACCAGUAGCAGAGAGGCGAAACCAGUCACUCUGUUUCCGAAACUACAGCAUUUUAGGCUGCGGAACAUGAAAAGGCUAGAGGAGUGGUCAGAUGCAAUGGUUCCCUCGGAUUCUUCUUCAUCAAUUAAGGUAUUCCCUAGUCUCCGGUUUGAGGGGUUGGAAGUUCUUCCAGAGUGGAUGGGUAGCCUUCGGAAUCUUCGAAAAUUGUGA